UACCUCUUCCCAGCAGACGACUAGUUUGCUCUAAUUUUCAUCCAUAUGAUCCUUAUGUUUCUAAAUUCUCCAUUUUCUUCCAAAUUCUUCUACAAAUUUUCUGGGUUUUCAUUCUUUUAUUUUUUAUUACUUUUAUAACUAAUUGAUCCAAUUGUUGGAUAGGUUGAUAUCAAAGUAGACAAUUGUGAGCUCUUACAAAAUGAAGGGUGUUGUACUUGUUGCACUGGCUGCUACCAUUGGUAAUUUCCUACAAGGGUGGGAUAACGCGAUGAUUGCUGGGGCUAUUCUUUACAUCAAGAAAGAACUUGAACUAUCGACUUCCAUGGAGGGACUUGUUGUGGCAAUGUCUCUAAUUGGAGCCACAGUUAUCACAACAUGCUCGGGGGCAAUAUCAGAUUGUGUUGGUCGGCGUCCUUUGCUCAUACUGUCUGCAUUAUUCUACUGCGUGGGAAGUUUGGUGAUGUUGUGGUCACCUAAUGUCUAUGUUUUGCUUUUAGCAAGGUUGUUGGAUGGUUUCGGAAUAGGGUUGGCCGUGACCCAAGUUCCUGUCUAUAUUUCCGAGACUGCACCACCAGAGAUUAGAGGAUCUUUAAAUACACUUCCUCAGCUUACUGGUUCCGGUGGAAUGUUCCUGUCAUAUUGCUUAAUCUUCGGAAUGUCACUCAUGGCAUCACCUAGCUGGAGAAUAAUGCUUAGUGUUCUUGGAAUCCCUUCGGUUUUUUAUCUUGUGUUUGCAUUCUUCUACUUGCCUGAAUCACCAAGGUGGCUUGUCAGCAAGGGAAGGAUAUCUGAAGCCAAGAAGGAAUUAAUGAGGUUACGUGGAAAUAUCGAUGUCACAGGUGAAUUGGCUUUGCUACUUGAAGGCCUUCAUGUUGGGUAUGAAACUGCAGUAGCAGAUUACAUUAUAGAACCAUCAGAAGAGUACAACAUUCGCUACCCUCAGCCUGCAGAUUACAUUUUAGAACCAUCGGAAGAGUACAACAUUCGCUACCCUCAGCCUGCAGUUAACAUUUUAGAACCAUCAGAACAGUACAACAUUCGGUACCCUCGGCCUGCAGAACUUGAUGCUCUCAGAGAUCAGUGGGGUGCUUUCAGAGAUCAGUGGGACGAAGAUGGGGAAGAUGAUGAAGGGGAGGAUUUUGAUGAUGAUUUGCAUGCUCCAUUGCUUGCUUCUAUGCCUAGGUCUCCUCUUUCACUUCAUGGUGGUAUUUUCGAGGGAGAGGAAGACUAUGUUCAGGGGUCAGGGCUUGUAAAUAAUCCUAGCUGGAAGGCUCUACUUGAACCAGGAGUCAAGAGGGCAUUUGUUGUUGGAAUUGGUAUUCAGAUGUUUCAGCAGUUCGCUGGUAUAAACGGUGUUCUAUAUUACACCCCACAAAUUCUCGAGGAGGCAGGAGUGGGAGUUCUUCUAUCUGAUGUAGGGAUCAGUUCUACAUCUGCCUCAUUCCUUAUCAGUGCACUGAUGACCUUCUUGACGCUUCCUUGCAUCGCUAUUACUAUGAGGCUCAUUGAUACCUCUGGUAGAAGGUCACUGCUGCUUACCACAAUUCCCGUGUUGAUAGCAUCAUUGAUCAUCCUAGUAAUUAGCUGCUAUGUUAGCAUGGGCGACGUGAUUCAUGCUGUCAUCUCAACCACUUGUGUCAUUGUAUACUUCUGCACAUUCGUCAUGGGUUAUGGACCCAUACCAAACUUAUUAUGUUCUGAGAUCUUCCCAAUUGGAGUCCGUGGUGUUUGUGUCUCAAUCUGUGCCUUAGUUUUCUGGAUAUGCAAUAUUAUUGUCAACUACACCUUUCCCAUGAUGCUUACUACUAUCGGCUUGGGGGGCAUCUUCGCUUUGUAUGCUGUUGUUUGUGCCAUCUCUUUGGUGUUUGUCUACCUGAAGGUCCCAGAAACAAAGGCUAUUCCUCUAGAAGCUAUAUCAGAGUUUUACAAUUGUAUUUUACAUUAA